AUGCGUCCCACCCUUCAGCUUUUGAAGGCGGCCAAGGGCUUCAAGCCACUGGAGCAGCAGUACGUCCGCGCCAAGGGGGCACCCACCGGCGCCGCCUUUGCGAUGGUCCAGACGCUGCUCACGGAACGUCCUCGCCAUUUCCGUGAGAUCCUCGCCGACGCCGUUGGCAACCCCCGCGCCGCUGUCAGUGGCACUCAGAGUCAAAACGCCAAGGGCAAGAAGAAGCAGAAGGGCGACGACGACCAGCUUGGCAUCCAGGUGCCCGAGGGUCACCCGUUUGACUCUGGCAACUACCUGAAGACUCGCAUCCUUCCCGUCCUCGAGUCGAUGCAGCUCAUCAAGAAGGAAUGGCAGCAGCCCUCCGAGUCGAGCGUUCUCAGCCACCUCAAGCACAAGCAAUGCAUGUGGCGGUUGUCCCCCGAAGGCAACAACGCGGCGAACACCGCAAAAUACUGGGACAAGCUCACAUCGCCGGACCUCACCGAGAACGACCUCGCGAGGAUGGGUUUUGCCGCCAAGCCCCAACCCGCAUGGGUCCUUGCCCAGCUCCGUGAAAAGCAAGGUCUGCGUUCAAAGCAGGAGAAGAUUGCCGACAAGGACGCUCGUCGGGACAAGAAGGGCAAGCUCUCUGGCGAGGAGAGGCAGCGCGACCUCACCCGCACCCACCUCAACACUCGUCGCAGGAAUGGCCGGGAAGUGAAGGAGCAGCGUUAUGCCGAGGAGAUGAGCCUGCGUCGCGAGGCCAAGGCGGCGGCCGAGGAGGCGGUGAAGGCGGAGAUGGCCCAGUAG